AUGGUACAGUACAAUGUUACAACACUAUGUGGCAAUCUCGAUUCGGAUGAUCUUCCCUUUUCAAUUCCAAAGCUUCGAUUUGUUAAGGCAUGCAUUGCUUAUUCAUUUGGCAAAGGCAAACAGCAAGCAGCCUCAACAUCCUACUCUGCAGCCUAUCUUCUCGAAGAACUCAUCCCAACAGAACUGCCUUUUAUCAAGUACAUCCAUAAUGCAGACGCCGUUCCACUUCUUGAAGAAAGCGAGCCAGGAUAUGACACAUCAAAGUUCCUUUGCUUUGUUCAGCAUGUGCAGUUUGUCGAGUCUCAUGGCGCUGGAGACUUGUUGACGGACCCACAGGUUAUGACCCAUCCCAAACUUAAAGACGGCAAUGGCAAUCCAUUGCAAAAUCUCUUUGGUGAAGGCAAUGUUGAAGAAGCAUUCAUGAAAUUUCCAUCUCAGCACAAAUGCAACGAGUACUGCACUUGGUUUGAUCUGGAGCCCAUCAAUACAGAAUAG